UAGAAUUCGGAGGCAUGGGAAUGUUCCUCCUCCUCAUCCUCCUCCUCUCCUCGAACCUCAUCCACCACUCCGCCCCCACCGACACCAUCACUCCGUCCCAACCUCUCGCCGCAGGACAAACCCUCAUCUCCGCCAGAGGCACUUUCGAACUAGGAUUCUUCAACGCCACCGCAACUUCCAGCUCUUUCAUAGGCAUAUGGUAUCACAAAGUUCCCAUUCGCAAAAUCGUCUGGGUCGCUAACCGCAAAUCUCCGAUCACCGCCCAAAAUGCCUCUUUUUUUCUAACCACUGACGGCAAUAUUCUCAUCACAGCCGGCGAUGUCAAAAGCGGCGGCAUCAGAACCGUUUGGUCGACGAACACCUCCGGCUUAAAAAUUCCAUCUUUGAAACUCCUCGACUCAGGCAACCUUGUGUUGACUGACAGUGGAUCAAAUGCCAUUAUUUGGGCGAGCUUUGACUACCCUUCCGACACUUUACUCCCCAAUAUGGAACUCGGAUUAGACUUAAAACGUCACCUUGAAAUGCAGCUCAUGUCCUGGAAAUCUCCCGACGACCCCUCCAUAGGCUGGUACACCUUCGGUGUUCGCCAAACCGGUUCACCGGAGCUCAUACUCAAGAACGGUUCAAACAUUGAGUAUCGAACUGGGCCAUGGACCGGAGUUUCUUGGAGCGGCCUUCCCCAAGUCUCGGAAAACCACUUCAUUUGCGCCUUUGUGGUUCAACCCGACAAAGUUUUCUACACAUACGAUACGGUUAAUACAUCUGCAAUGACUUUAACACUCGUCGAUCCGAACGGCCGUUUGCAACGGUUGGUAUGGCUCGGCGGCCAGUGGAAGAUGUACGUCACGCUGCAGCAGGACAAUUGUGACCGGUACGGUACUUGCGGGGCGUUCGGGAUAUGCAACGUGGAUUAUCCUGAAGGGAUUUGCAAGUGUUUACAGGGGUUUGAACCGAGGACGAUGGUGGAUUGGACGUUGAGGGAUUAUUCUGGCGGGUGUAAGAGGAGAACGAAGUUGGCUUGCUCAGGAGGAGGGGAUGGCUUUGUUACGGUGAGUGCGGUGAAGCCGCCGGACACGGAGAACGUAACGGUGGUUGCUGGCCUAGGAGUGAAGGACUGUGGUGCUUUGUGUUUGGGGAAAUGUUCGUGCGUGGCUUAUGUUGUGCUUGGUGGGAAUUGUUUGUGGUGGGCUGGUCAGCUAAUGGACACCAAGCAGUUUGCUCAAGGAACUCAAGGAGGUGUGGAUCUCUAUCUCCGGCUAGCUGCCGCUGAUUUGGAUUCAGCAGAAAGUGCCUCAAGCAAGAGGAAGCAUAUAGUUGCAGUAGUCAUCCCAUUGGGGCUAGCUUUUAUCAUAUUCUCUUGCUAUGGGAUAUACACAAUAAGAAAAAAAAGAAAGCAGAGUGUAGCACAUGGUUAUGCCACAGAGAGCAUAAGAAAAGAGACGGAACUUCCCGUAUUUGAUAUGUCUGUAAUUGAGAUUGCUACAAAUAACUUUUCUGAGGGAAAUAAACUUGGACAGGGAGGAUUUGGCCCUGUUUAUAAGGGUCAUUUAGAAGAUGGACAAGAGAUUGCUGUCAAGAGAUUAUCUAGAAAUUCAGUUCAAGGGUUGGACGAGUUCAUGAAUGAGGUUAUGUUAAUUGCAAAACUUCAGCACAGGAAUCUAGUUCGUCUUCUUGGCUGCUGCAUUCAGGGAGAGGAAAGGUUAUUGAUUUAUGAGUACAUGCCCAACAAAAGUUUGGAUUCUUCCAUAUUCGAUAAAGCUGUCAGCUCUCAGUUGGAUUGGCAAAAACGAUUUGUUAUAAUUCUUGGAAUAGCACGAGGACUUCUCUAUCUUCAUCAAGAUUCCAGAUUAAAAAUUAUUCACAGAGAUCUCAAGGUUAGCAAUAUUCUUCUCGACAAGGAGUUGAAUCCCAAAAUUUCAGAUUUUGGCUUGGCAAGGAUUGUUGGAGGAGACCAAAUGCAAGAAAGCACACAAAAAGUGGUCGGCACAUUUGGAUACAUGUCGCCUGAGUAUGCAAUGCAUGGUAUAUUUUCAGUAAAAUCUGAUGUCUAUAGCUUUGGAGUUAUUGUACUUGAAAUCCUUACUGGUAAGAAGAAUAGUGUAUUUGAUCCAAAUGAAAGCCGUGUAAGCCUAAUAGGACAUGCCUGGACGUUAUGGUCAGAAAAUAAAUCCCUUGAGUUGGUCGAUGAUGCGCUGAAUUAUGGCUAUCAUGAGCAAGAAGUUCUGCGAUGUAUGCAGGUCGGUCUCCUUUGUGUGCAAGAAGGGAGUGAAGAUAGGCCUACAAUGGCUUCAGUGGUUUUGAUGUUGAGCAGUGAAACCAUGACAUUGCCUCAACCUAAGAGGCCUGGUUUCUAUCUCAAAGAUGAUUAUGAAGUACCAGAUUUCUCAACGUCUGAUCCUAUCGAUUGUACCAUAAAUGAUAUCACUCUUACAAUGAUCUAUGGUAGAUAGAGAAGCAAAACCAAAAUCUAUUAAUAGCCGGGGUGGUAUAAAUGAUAGUGAUAAUGUGGCUGGCUCCCAACUAAUUAAUCAAGAUGUUGCCGAUGUAUGGACUAUUUUUUCCAUAGCCGUUGUAUAUUUCAAGAUUAUGGUAGGCAGGAAGUUGUGGCUACUUCUCAAAAGUGAUUUUCUUCGGCUUGAUGUGUUUGUUAUUUGUUCUGCUUUUAUGACUUAUAGGCAACGUAAGUGCUACAGUUGCUUUAUAUUGCUCUUUGGUUUAUGAUUUGUUUAGGUAUUUCAAUAAAGUUGAGCUUGAUUUGGCUUGCAGUUAACUCCCUAUUGUAAAUCGAAAAAUAUUUCUCAUGCAGAUUGAAAAAUACUUUUCUUGUUGUUUAGUUU